AUGUCCGAGGAUGACGUUCUACGAUUCCAUCGACGUCCACAGAUCAGAGGCGAAGCCGCUGUCUAUCUGUCGAAGACACCGUUCUCUUUACCUCUCGACGACAUGGCCAAGCCGAAUCUCCCGGUUGUUAUCUUCCUGCAAGUCUUGGUCACCCAGGUGAUCGCUUGGGUUGGCAAGUCCUUCCUCCAGGACGUUGCCUUCAACGCGUACUCAAAGUUCGUGCUCGGUGCGAACGCGAAGAAGCAGCGAGAACUCCGCAAGCAAGUUCUCGCCGACAAGGCCGAGCUGCAGAAAACGUCUUCGCAAGACGAGUUUGCCAAGUGGGCCCGCCUCAAGCGCAAGGUGGACAAGGGCCUCGAGCAACUGGAGAAGGAGAAUAACACAAUCAAUGCGUCGAAGGCGGCCUUCGCGACUCGCUUUAGCUCGCUCAUCUGGUUCAUUACGACCGGUCUCCAGCUCUUUGUUGUCUGGUGGUACCGCAAGAGCGCCGUGUUCUGGCUUCCCGAAGGUUGGGUGCCUGGGUUCAUUGCCUGGCUGCUUCGCUGGCCGAGCGCUCCUAAGGGUGAGUGGCAAGCUAACAAGCACCCCAGAAAGCUGACGACAGGUGCUGUGAGCUCCGCAGCUUGGGCUACUGUGUGUAAGCGGGUGCUGCAGUCCGCGGAGGAGGUCUACACCGCACUCAAGGAGCCCGUGCCGGCUGCUCCUACGCCGGUGCCCGUCGCCAUGCCCUCCGACGAGAAGGCGCGCCCCUCGUCGCGAGCGCCCACGGGAGCUAAGAUCGAAGAGCUCCCUGAGGUCACCGUUGAGGAGCUCGACUGA